AAUCAUCUCAUUGGCUCUGCGUAUUGUUAGGGAAAACUGUUUACAGCAGAGACAAUAAUCCGUUUAAUUUCAACGCAACCAGCAGACUAUUCGCAACAAAUUUUGUAGUCGGGAAACAUGGCUUGGCCAAUCGUUCAAGUAACAUCCACGAAAAGUAUAACAGAAUACAAAUUCAUCGGAGGCGGCUAUCUGCCAAUGAUUAUGUGUGCUCUGAUGCUAGCAACCAUUUUCGUGCCAUAUUUUAUUAUUUUAUUCACAAAGACCUUAAAUCCUUUUCUUCCAUUUGUAAGUCAAGUUGCUGGAAGUCCACCUCAAAGCGGCGUUUUUUGUUUAUUGUUAGCCCUUUCAUCUUUACUUGCUUUUAUUGGCCUUAAUUUACUUUAUAUGUGCGUACGACUGCAGAAGAAAAAAAUUGACGACCAGUGGGUCCGUAGCACAGUGGCAUUACUGAAUAGGAUAUCGUUAAUCCCAGGCCAUUUUGCAAUUCUUGGAAUGCUGGUCGUAGGAGCAUUUCCAAUCGACUUCCACAGGACGCAAGAAAACUGGAUCACCAUCACCAUAACGCCGCAUCUGAUUGGAGCAUUGCUACUCUUCUUGGGAGGCAUGUUCUACUGCAUCUUAAUCACUUACAUCAUGUCCCUGUUACAUCCCAAACAGAGACAAAUUCUAGGAAUUCGAGUAUUUCUCAUCUGUUUGAUAACAAUGUGUGCUGCCCUUCAAGGCUACACUGUGCGAGAAGGCUUCAUGGAUGAACUAGACGAGGCGAAUCGAGUUGGAAACUGUAACUGGUCAGUCUCUAUGCUAAGUUAUAAUUUAUCCUACCUCAUCAGUUCUGUAAGCGAAUGGUCUCUGCUGAUAGCUUUUAUAGUGUUCUUUAUGACUUUUCGGGAAGAAGCUAAAGACUUUACGUUUACCAUGUCAAUUACUCAUCGAGAAGAGCCAAUUGCGAAUUCAGACGACAACGAACCAACAGCUGAGGAUGAAAACCAUAAUGUAGAAAAUAUCGAGGACAAAGUAGAUAUUUUACAAGAAUGAUAUUAGUCAUAAGGAUUUCACUCUGAACUUAAACGGAAAAAAAGAUCAGUGGAAAAAUCUGACAGCUGCCUGAUGAUAAUUCAGAAGCAUUGUCUCUGUUUCAUUUCAUAAUUGUUGUUUGUUUAAAAAUUGCUUUCAAACUCAUUUGAUGAUUGGAUAUUAUCAACGGUUUUGUCUUGUACAAAUUUGUAAAAUAUAUGCUCAAUAUUUAUUGAUCUGCUCUAAUCUUUUAGUUAUAGAGGAAUUGUUGAUUGCUCCGCAGAACUGAAACUAUAGAUGAUUAUAUAUAACAUUAAUUUUGCAUGAUAUGAAAUUUUUUUUAUUGCCUUUGUUUUCAAAAGCCUGUAGCGUUAACCAUUGUUCUUAAAUAAACAUGUAGCUUCUUAAGUUUUCUCCAUACAAACUCAUGUUUGCUCCUAGUUUUAAUGUUUGCGAGAAAUGCUAACGAAAUGUAUCUUUUCAAUCAUAAGCUCUGCUGUAAACGAAAGUUAUACACUUUUCUUUUAACAUUAUUAGCUGAGUUCCCGUUGGCAUUUUCUGAAAAGUAGCUCUGUGGAUUAAUUCUUGUGCAGAAAUCUUUCUUAUAUUAAGAAAUUAAAAAAAAAACCCUACAAAAAAAAAAGAGUUGGGUACUUCGAAAAAAAGAAAAAAAAACUUUUUUAAACUGCUUGUUUAACUUACACUAGUGCAAAAUAACAUUGGACUUGCGUAUGAUACAUCUUUGCAAACAUUGUUUCCGCAAUUCAAAUUUUAAGUGUUUUUCAGUUAUCUCGAUUGCUAUAAUUUUAUAUGUUUGGAUAAAAAAAUAUAGAUUAUCCAGAUAUCAAAUUUGUACGUCAAAUAUGUGUUUGUAUCAAAUGCAGGAUCUGGCAUAUCAACUUUCCGUAUUCUGCCGUGCUAAGCGCAAAAGUCGUACUUGCAGCGGAGUUCAAAAUGAGAAGUAGCCGUUUAAAGUUUGAUGCCUCCAUGUAUUUGAUUCGGAUGCAACUUUUUCAGAUUUUUGUGAAAAAUAUUUCUCAUUGCCAAAUAACCAUAAAACAUUGUAUUUAGGUGAAAUAUGUGACAAAGAAGCACCUGGUGACCGUAACUCAGUUUUGAUAAAAA